GAAGCACGCCGCCCGUAUUUGAAGAGUGGCACAGUUUGAACCCUAACUGGAUAAUAAUCCCUAAUUUCUGAAUUCCAAAGUUGGCGGCAACAUAUCUCAAUGGGUGGUAUGCAGCUCUUCGGUGGCGGCAGCGACUCAGAGACCGAAGACAAGAAUGCUCCGAAUCUCAAAAUCAAUGAAGAAUACGCUCGCCGCUAUGAGCACAACAAGAAUCGGGAGGACCUCCACCGUUACGAGGAUCUCAAGAAGCGAGGCCUCGUCGACGACGACCACUCCGAUUCUGAUUCGUCCUCCGAGGAUGACGACGACGUCGUUUUGGCAGCCAAUUCCAAGAAGAAAGACUUGGAAUUCUUCGAUGCUAUAAUCAAGGUAAAGAAUCGAGACCCUAUCUUGAAAAACAAAGAGGUUGAGCUAUUUAAAUCUGAUGAAACUGAGGUUGAAGAUGCUGGUAAUGAAACUGAAGACACUAGCCUAGUGAAAGAGGAGGAUAGCAAAACUAAGAAGAAGAAAAAGAAUAGCAAUGAGACUGAAGAGGAGGGUAGCAAAACUAAGAAGAAGAAAAAGAAUAGCAAUGAGACUGAAGAGGAGGGUAGCAAAACUAAGAAGAAGAAGAAAAAGGUCUACUUGAAAGAUGUAGUGGCUAAUCAUUUAUUAGAAGACGGUGCCGAACUUCCGGAGGAUGAUGGUAAGCAGUUCCUCAAGAGUUACAGUGAAGAGCAAGAGCAGAUAAGGAGGGAAUUUUUGGAAGCAGCUGCCAAGGAGGAGGAGGAGGAUGAGGGGGAGAUAUUGAGAGUCAAAGGCAGUAAUAGUGCUGUGGGGGAUGAAGCUGAUGAGGAGUUUGAUAAGAAAUUGGAUGAGUAUUUCGGUCAAGACUUGGAUGACAAUGCUAGGUUUCUCAGGGACUUCUUUAAGAAUAAGAUGUGGUUGGACAAGGGGAAUCAGGGAAGAGGUGCUACUGAGGUUAGGGAUGAGGAUUUGGAGAUGGUGUCUGAGGACGAGAUGGAGAUUGAGAGGCAGGAGGAGUACGAGUAUAGGUUCCAGGAGAAUGCAGGGGAUCAGGUUUUGGGCCAUGCCAGGGAGGUCGAGGGGUCGGUGAGGAAGAAGGUCAAGGCAAGGAAGGAGCAGAGGAAGAGCAAGGAGGAGAGGAUGGAGAUUGCAAGGUUGGAGAGGGAGGAGGAGUUGAGGCAUUUGAAGAAUUUGAAGAAGAAGGAGAAUGAUGACAGGGUCAAGAAGAUAAUGAAGAUUGCAGGGAUCAAAGAGGGCGAGGAGUCCUUGUUUGAUUCCAAGGAGUUGGAGAACGAAUUUGACCCCCAGGAGUAUGAUAGGAUGAUGAAGAAAGCUUUUGAUGAUGAGUAUUAUGGAAAUGAUGACUCAGACUUUUGUAGCGAUAUGGAUGAGGAUGGUGGUGAGAUUGAGAAACCGGAUUUUGAUAAGGAGGACGAGUUACUUGGACUUCCCAAAGGUUGGGAUGGUGCUGGGUCUAGUGAUGGUUUCUUAGCUGUGAGGGAGAAGAUUUUAAAGCUAAAAGAGGAGACUGGUGGUGAUAAUGAUGAAGAGGAAGAAGACCAGGAGGAAGAGAAAGAAGAAGAUGGUGAUGAAGAUGAAGAUGAAGAAGGAGAAGGAGAAGGAGAAGAAGAGAAAGAAGAGGAUGGUGAUGAAGAUGAAGAAGGAGAAGGAGAAGGAGAAGAAGAGAAACUGAGUGAGGAAGGUAAACAAGAUAAAAAGCGUAAAUUAGCUAUUUUGGAGAGAGCUAAAAAGGAGAUGUUGGAUGAAUACUAUAAAUUAGACUAUGAGGAUACAAUUGGAGACUUGAAGACUAGAUUUAGGUAUGCUAAAAUAAAGCCUAAUAGAUUUGGGUUGACUACUGCUGAGGUAUUAGUGAUGGAUGAAAAGGAGUUAAAUCAAUAUGUAUCUUUGAAAAAGCUUGCUCCAUAUGCGGAGAAGGAGUGGAAGGUACCCAAUAGUAAGAGAAAUGAGAUAAAGAAGAGGGCCAGAGAAAUUUUCAGACAUGGAAAAAUGGAUCACAAAAAAAGUGCUAAGAAGUUGAAAAUUAAGGAUGAUGUGAAGGAUUCAAUUUCAUCAACACCAGCUGAGGAACGUGGGAAGAAACAAGUACAGGACUCAAAUGGUGAUACAAGCAAAUUAUCCAGGACCGCUAGAAGAAGGCUGAGCAAAAAGGUUGCAGCAUUACCCCUUUCCAGGCUCAUUGCAUAUGGAAUGAUGCCUUCAAAAUCUAAGAACAAAGGAAAGCAGUGAUCCAAGCAAUAAACAGUUUUCAUGAUGUCUGCAGGUUUGAUAUUUUCAUAAAUGGAGCGGGAUGAGGACUACAAUUUUGCAGAGGUGAGAAGCGCGUCGGGGCUUUUGUCCAAUUGACAACAAAACAAAGGCAAACAUGGUAGAAGUUGAAAUGAAGACUCAAGAAAGAGAGAGACGAGAACCCCCCUUUCUUUUCCUGUGUUUUCCGAUAAACAUAUGCUUUCAGUAUAGAGUAUGAACAUCAUGUUUGUAGCCUGGAAUAAGAAGUUCAUUAACGUCAACAAUGCGACGGGUUUCGGUUUGUUGGAACUUGGAAGACUGUUGGUUUUUGUUUAAACUGCUGUUUGAACGUGUAAUAAUGUCAAGUUUUCCGUUGCAAAACUC